AUGUGGGUGAAGAAAGGCAUAAUUAACAUUAUCGAUCUUAGUAACGACUACUAUCUGGUGACUUUCUCUCAUGACCAAGAUCAUAUGAAUGCAAUAAUGAAUGGCCCUUGGUUUAUAUAUGAUCAUUAUUUAACUGUGAAAGCUUGGAGUCCAGAUUUCCAUCCCAAAUGUGAUACGAUCAAGUCGGUAGCUGUAUGGGUGAGGAUUGCUGAGCUCCCAAUUGAAUACUAUGAUAGUAGAGUUUUACAUCAUAUUGGAGACAAUAUAGGUAAAACUAUUAAAGUUGAUAAGAAUACGGGAAUGCAUGAAAGGGGAAAAUAUGCAAGGAUUUGCGUUGAGGUGGAUCUAACAAAGCCGUUAGUGGCUAUGUUUAUGAUAAAGGAGAGGAAAUAUAAUGUUGAGUAUGAAGGCUUACACUUAUUGUGUACCUUAUGUGGAAGAUUUGGCCAUUAUGCUGAAGGUUGCCCAGAGAAAGUAAAAGAGGUAGAAAGGAAUAGAGUGGCAGAAGUGGGUUUGAUGGAGAAUGCAGACAGAGUUGAGGUAGGACUGAUUGGAGAAAAAACUAAGGGAUCGUGGAUGAUAGUGCAGAAGCAUAGGAGAAUUAAGAGAGGCAAAGAGAAAGAGUUAAAUGUAGCUGGUGGAGGGGAGAGGAAAAAUCCUCCAUCCUCUGGUGGAAGACAACCUAAUAAUAAUGGGUCACGUUUUGCUGCUUUGAGCCAGGAUCAAGUGGAUGCGCCAGAUAAGGUUAUGGACACGGAUGUCGAGGAUAGGGAUAACAACUUACAAUAUAUGCAUGGGAAUGACAUGGAGGUAUCGGGUAGCAAAUCAGGUACGAAUAAUAAUCACGUGGCUAUUAUGGAGGACAUUGAAAAAGGCGAGGACGUGCAAACAGUAGGAAACAACACUAAUGAGGCUUUGUCAGAAUCAUUAAGAAGCUUGGAAGUACAUGGGGGUGGGAAUUAUGAUUCAAAUGGUUCUGUUAGUGUGCAUGUGAUCCGAGGAAAAAAGAAAGACAAAAAAAAACAAUAA